GUUAAGGGAACCUACAUAGUUAGGCCCAUACCGAAGCACAUGAACCCCAUCAUGCACCGGGGAAGAAGAAGAGCAAGAGCGCAAUACUAUGAGCGUGAAGGCAAAGACAACGAGACAUUCGUAUACGUGGACGCAGGGGACUACCGCCGGGAUGCCAAGGUAGCUGUGGCAUUGGACCACGCAUACGACGAGAUAUCCAGCUGCUCCAUCAAGAACGCCAGCAUGGAGGGGGCGGAAGAACACGCCAUCGCCCUCGCCAUGAUCCACGGCUACAGGACAAAGAAAUCCUACACGAUCCUAACCGACUCACAAAAUGCCUGCAGGAACUACCUGUGGGGUUUUAUCAAUAAGACAUCAGCAGCAGCCCUAGAACGCGCCUGGAAGGAAGGCGUGAUCCACAAAAUCAUUUGGAUCCCAGGGCAUGAGGGAUUGACCGGUAACCUGAUCGCAGACGCCGUCGCUCGAGCAUACACCAACCGAGCGGCGGAAGAAGCGAGCGGGCCAACGGAACCAGUACCUCAAACCUACAGCAGCGUACUCAACUACUACAAAGCGGGGAGAAUGAGUCUCCCACCCCCGCACCCCAAGCUCAGCAGAAACAAGGCCGUCAGGUGGCGACAGCUGCAGGCGGGAACCUUCCCCAGCUUGCUACGCUUCCACCACAUAAGCCCGGAAACAUACUCGGACAGGUGUCCCUGGUGCCAAGCCAGGGCGACCCUCUACCACUCCACGUGGGAAUGCACCCGAAACCCCACACUUCCUACGGUACAAGACAACAGUCGGCAGCAGUGGGAGGCCAAGCUAGCGUGCAGCGACCUGGAAAAUCAGGAAUUCCUGAUUGAAAGGGCCUGCAAGGCGGCGGAAGCCAACGGCAUCCUGGACUAGGGAAAACCGACCACUA